AUGGUUAUUGAUGUACAUGAUGCCAUCAAAUCAGAAGAUUUGCACAAAAAAGUAUCAGAAAAACUUCAUGUCAAAUACCUUUCAAACUCUGCACAAGAAUUGGAUGAAGUUAAAGGAAAUUUUAUUGGUGAUAAUACGAGACCUUUUGGUGUAAUGACAAUGAAAAUAAACGGACAGGUUAAAAAUAUACAUUUCCUUAUAGCUACAGGAUCUCCAAAGACUUAUAUUUGUAGAGAAGUAUUAGAUUCAUUCAAAUUGACUAUUCCUAAUUCAAAUGAAACUUUCACAACAAGACUAAAUAAAAGACAAAUAUUGGCAAAUGUAACACCUGGUGGUUUUUACUUUAGUGAUCUAAAUAUUCUUGGAACAGAUUACUUGUGUCAAUAUAAAGCUCAGCUAUUCAAAGAUUUUGAACAAGGACAUUUUGCUAUAAAAUUUGAUAAUUAUUAUUCUGGAAUCAAUACAACUCAAGAUAAUUGUACUAAAUAA